AUGCGCGUUUCCAGAUCGCGUUACGCGUUGCAUAUCGUUCACCCUCAACCUUCCACGCCCACCACUUUUGCAAUCGCUCUGGUCGCAGUCAACUCUCGAGGAAUCCCACCCGAGACCAAUAUGAAACCAUUCCGGCCUCUUACGCUCGCACGCUCUGGGUCGGACAACAACAGCCAGCCGCCCAACAAGAAGCGACGAAUAUCAUCCAAUGCACUCCCAUCCAGCACCCGUCAGCCGCUCAAUACUCUCCAUAAUCCCGCGCCCGCACAGUUCCUACCACCAGGCCUUGAUGGAAAAUACUAUACUGUUCUAUGGCGGAAGUACACAGCCAAAAAGAACAAGACAUGGGACGGUGAUGGCGUGCUGGCCGUAGUGGGCGGACACGCCACCCUUACCGAUAGCGAUACUGGGAAGGAGCUGGGGCGGGGUGCAUGUAGCCUACCGUUGCUUCCUGGCUCGGCGCUCUCGUUAGGUGGUAAAGAAUUGGAAAUCGAGGGCAGCAUAGAGAAGGCAGACUAUCUCGCAGGACGAAUGUUUCUGGGCACAGCGGCAGCUGCACCUGCUGGGAAGGCGAAGCGCCUUGAGCCGGGGUACAAGCCUCUGCUUACAUCUAAGUCGAACGUGAAGAGGACGCAGUCAUCUGGAAGUGCGGAUGGCGAGCAUGUACCGGAUUAUGCGCCUUCUUUACAACGCAAGCAACAUUUUAAAACGCCUCUGUUGUCGAAUACCGUCAUGGCUCAGCGAAAUGCGUCGAUACCACAACCACGACACGAUCCAAAUGCAGAGAAUGCUUUGGUUAUGAAAAGGCCGAAUAGCUGUCCUGCGGGCAAACAGAUUGUCGACGUUGUUGUCGACCCUGUCCUGAGCAAACACCUGCGCGACCACCAGCGCGAGGGUGUGAAAUUCCUCUACGAAUGUGUCAUGGGCAUGCGAUGUGAGGGCGAGGGUGCGAUCAUGGCUGAUGAAAUGGGCCUGGGCAAGACACUACAAACUAUUGCACUCAUAUGGACACUGUUGAAGCAAAAUCCAAUACAUGGUAGCUCUCCCGUUGUGAAUAAAGCGCUCAUCGUUUGUCCAGCGGGCCUGGUUGACAAUUGGAAGCGCGAGUUUCGGAAAUGGCUCGGCAAUGAGAGAAUUGGCCUCUUCAGCUGUCACAAAGACAGAAAAGUCACCGACUUCACGAUGGGCAAGGCUUACAAUGUCAUGAUUGUUGGCUAUGAGAUGCUUCGUGUCGUACAAGAGGACUUGAAGAAGGCCGGUGGCAUCGACAUCGUCAUCGCGGAUGAGGGACACAGGCUCAAGACUGCCAACAAUAAGGCUAUGCUUGCUAUACAGUCACUCAGCACUGAGAGACGUGUCAUUCUGUCUGGUACGCCACUGCAGAAUGAUCUUGGCGAGUUUUAUACAGCCAUUGACUUCGUCAAUCCGGGAUUGCUUGGCCAACGCUCUGCGUUCAAACGCACAUUUGAAGCCCCGAUUAUGCGCAGUCGUCAGCCAGAUGCAACCGAAUCGGAACUUGAAAAGGGUGAAGCUCGGUGGAAAGAGCUCGUGUCUCUGACCAGCCAGUUUAUGAUACGACGGACCGCUAACGUUCUUGCAAAAUACCUGCCGCCAAAGACCGAACACAUUGUCUUUUGCAAGCCCACCAGAGCCCAAGCAGAAGCCUACCGCAACAUACUCACUUCUCCCAUUUUCAGCGCUGCCCUAGGAAAUGGCAACAGUGACAUGGCCUUACAACUCAUCAACGUCCUCAAAAAAGUUUGCAACAGUCCCUCGCUAUUGAAGUCCUCAACUGACAACGAUGACACACCCUCCGCACUCCUACAAACCCUGCUUCCCCUCAUUCCACCACAAAUCCUCAACUCCAGCGCAUCGAGCACAAAACUGCGACUGUUAGACAGCCUUGUCCACCGCAUCCACACCACUACUGAUGAAAAGAUUGUAAUCGUCUCAAACUACACCACAACUCUCGACAUGAUUGAGCGGCUCCUCACGUCCCUGUCGUACACUUACCUACGCCUUGAUGGCAGCACCCCAGCCGCCAAGCGCCAGCCCCUUGUUAACAAAUUCAACACGUCAUCGAAAUCCACCGCUUUCGCCUUCCUGCUCUCCGCAAAAUCGGGUGGAGUGGGCAUUAAUCUGAUUGGCGCGUCUCGCAUCGUGCUGUUUGAGUGUGACUGGAAUCCCGCGACGGACUUGCAGGCUAUGGCAAGAAUACAUAGAGAGGGGCAGAAGCUGCCCUGUAAGAUUUAUCGAUUCCUGAUCAAGGGAGGACUGGAUGAGAAGAUUUAUCAAAGACAGGUUAGUAAGAUGGGAUUAGCCGGCGCGGUGGUGGAUAAUAAGGCGAGUGCGAGCUCGUUUUCCAGAGAGGAGUUGAGGGACUUGUUUCGAUUGGAUGAAAGGGCUGGGUGUCAAACGCAUGAUUUGCUUGGGUGUGGGUGUGACUGCCAGGGUAGGGCAGAGGAGAGAAUGGUGGGAAAGGAAGAGGGAAGUGAUGAGGAUCGGGAAGAAGAGGAAAUUGUACCGACGCUGAGAAAAGCAAGCCAGGUUGAUAUGGAGGAGCAGGAAGCGAAGAUUGAGAGUAGGAGGAAAGCGAAGAAGCCGAAGCUGCAGAUGUUGAUGGAGUAUCGACACAUCGAUGCUAAUGCAUUGCGAGCAGCUGGAAAGAAAGCGGAAGAGAAGGAUCCGAACGAUGAUGCAGAUGCCGAUGCCGAUGUCGAUCAGAUGGCUGUAGCUAUCGACGAUGAUGUCUUCCUCGACGUGCUAAAGGACGAUGGGUGUAAUGUCGGUUUCGUGCUGACCAAGUCAUCAUCCUGA